UGAAUGCAUCAUAUCGUGGUUUUCUGAUGUUGGUUCAUUAGAAAUUGUUUUUAUACAUUUAUACUUUUUUGGAGAACUAACUAAUAAAAAUGAGAAAUACGAUAGUGUUCAGAUAAGAAACCAAGUAUUAAAAUAAUUUAAUAAAUAGGAACCCUUGUGGAUAUACUAAUUUAGUUUUUACCGGGAAAUACCAAGAACUGUCGAAAGGUCAACCAGUUGGAAGUGAACGACAUUGCCUUUCUAUCAUAAUGUCCAAGUCCUAUUCGGGGAGAGACCGUGAAAGGGAACGCGACCGCGACAGGGACCGUGAAAGAGAGCGAGAGAAGGAAAGGGAACGUGAAAAACGCCGGUAUUCCAGAAGUAGAUCAAGAUCUCCUAAAGAAAGCAAAUCUUUUCGAAAUGACAAUGGAAACGGUAGAGGUCGUGAUGACCGUAAAAAAGACAGGGAGCGAGAACAAAGAGAAAUUGAACGGAGUAGACGGGAAGAUAAACGACGAAAGCGUUCUAGAUCAAAAUCCAUUCCUAAAGAUUAUGAACGAGAGAAAUCGAGAUUCUUUGAUCGCGAUAGAGAAAACGCAAGAGAACGUGAACGAGAUAGGGAUCGUGAACGAGAGCAACGUGAACGGGAAAGAGAGCGAGAAAGAGAUAGAGAUCGGGCUCGUGACCGGGAACGUGAUCGUGAGCGCGAUCGUGAUCGGGACCGUGAACGAGAACGAGAUCAGGAUCGUGAAGAGGAAAUAGACAGUAGGCGUAAUACUGUGCAACCCAUAGUAAAGACAGUCGUUGAGGAGCCGAGUAGCUCUUCAGAAGAGGAAUUAGACAAGGAAGAGGAACAACGUCGCCUUGAACAAGAGAUGAUAAAACGAAGGGAACGCAUCGAACGCUGGCGUGCUGAACGAAAACUGAAGGAACAAGAAAUCAAUAAGAAAGAUCUAAAAUCUCUGCCAAUACCAAUACCAUCUAGCACUUCCAAAAAGUGGAGUUUGGAAGACGAGUCUGAAGAAGAAGAUAAUGGUAAUCAAGCAGUGCCAGCAACAGAUAUUAAGAAAGAGCCAGAUUCUCCGCCCGCGAAAUUUCUACGUUUGAAAAAAUUGCAAGAGGAUGACGAAGAUGAAAAAGAAGAAAAACCAAAAAUUAAAAAGCUAUCCAAACUUGAUGAUGACGAGAAUGAUGAUGAUAAAGUAACCAAACAAGAAGUUGAUGAAAAUGAUGAUAUUGAUCCUUUAGAUGCGUACAUGCAGGAAGUUGACAAGGAAGUGCGUAACGUGAAUCAUAUUGUAACACAACCCAAAAAACAGCAAGGCGUUGUCAUUCUCACGGGUGUAGCUAAAAAGAGUAUAGAAAAGGCAAACAAAGGCGAGCUAAUUGAACAAAACAUGGACAGUCUGGAAUAUUCUAGUGAGGAGGAAUUAGAAGACAUUAAAGAUACUGCCGCCAAUUUAGCCAACAAGCACCGAAAAGAAUUAGCUAAAAUCGAUCAUUCGGGCGUAAAUUAUGCACCAUUUCGUAAAAACUUCUACGUUGAAGUACCAGAGUUGGCGCGCAUGUCCCAACAAGAAGUGGACAAAUAUCGUGCCGAUCUAGAAGGAAUUCAAGUUAAAGGGAAGGGUUGUCCAAAGCCUAUCAAGACCUGGGCACAAUGUGGGGUGAGCAAGAAAGAAAUGGAUACUUUGCACAAACUAGGGUUCGAGAAACCAACACCCAUCCAAUGUCAGGCGAUUCCGGCAAUUAUGUCUGGACGUGAUUUGAUAGGUAUUGCUAAAACUGGCAGUGGCAAAACGCUCGCAUUCAUUUUACCAAUGUUUAGGCAUAUACUGGAUCAGCCGCCAUUAGAGGAUGGUGAUGGAGCUAUCGCUAUUAUCAUGGCACCAACCCGUGAGCUAUGUAUGCAAAUCGGCAAGGACAUACGUAAAUUCUCGAAAAAUAUUGGACUACGCCCUGUCUGCGUGUACGGUGGCACUGGUAUAUCGGCACAGAUAGCUGAAUUGAAACGUGGCGCAGAAAUCAUUGUCUGCACACCCGGGCGUAUGAUCGACAUGCUGGCGGCCAAUUCUGGACGUGUCACAAAUUUACGCAGGGUGACGUACAUUGUUCUGGAUGAAGCUGAUCGCAUGUUUGAUAUGGGUUUUGAACCGCAAGUGAUGCGCAUUAUCGAUAAUGUGCGCCCAGAUAGACAAACGGUAAUGUUCAGUGCAACAUUCCCACGGCAAAUGGAGGCAUUAGCACGUCGUAUACUUAAAAAGCCCAUUGAAGUAAUUGUCGGUGGGCGUUCGGUGGUGUGCAAAGAUGUUGAACAGAAUGUAGCCAUACUAGAAGACGAGGCAAAAUUCUUCAAACUUCUUGAGUUGCUCGGUGUGUAUCAAGAGCAUGGUAGUAUAAUUGUGUUUGUGGAUAAGCAAGAGAAUGCCGAUAUAUUGCUGCGAGAUCUUAUGAAAGCAUCGUACCCGUGUAUGAGUUUGCAUGGUGGUAUUGACCAGUUUGAUCGCGAUUCUACAAUACUUGAUUUUAAAUCGGGAAAAGUUCGUCUAUUAAUUGCAACAUCUGUGGCUGCACGCGGUUUGGAUGUGAAAGACUUGAUACUAGUAGUAAAUUAUGACGUACCAAAUCACUAUGAAGACUAUGUUCAUAGAUGUGGACGCACCGGACGAGCCGGAAAAAAGGGCUGCGCUUGGACAUUUCUCACAGCAGAACAAGCACGUUAUGCUGGUGACAUUAUACGUGCAUUGGAAUUAUCCGAGACGAAAGUUCCUGAUGAUUUACAAAAGUUAUGGACUGAGUACAAAACAGCACAAGAAGCUGAAGGCAAGAAAGUUCAUACUGGUGGUGGCUUUAGUGGAAAGGGUUUCAAGUUUGAUGAACAAGAAGCUAACGCCGCAAAGGAGAGUAAAAAGUUGCAGAAAGCGGCACUUGGGCUGGCGGAUUCGGAUGAUGAGGAGGAUAUUGAACAAGAUAUUGAUCAACAAAUUGAACAGAUAUUUGCAGCGAAACGAACAGUUAAAGAUACCUCGGUACCAAUACCAGCUGUAGCGGUGACUUCCACCACGGGUACCACGACUUCCACAGUCAGCAACGUUACAAUUGCUGUUUCUGGUUCAGACAAAUUAGAAUUGGCUAAACGUCUCGCUUCAAAGAUAAGUUCAACAAAGAAUUUAAUGGCGGACGGUAAACCACAAGUGUCUGCGGAAACUAUACUAAAGGGCGGCAACACAGGACAACCCAUGAUAACGGCACGUUCAGUAGUAGAACAAUUAGCUGCUAAAUUAAAUAACAAAUUGAAUUAUCAGCCAAAAGAUGAUGAGGAUGGAUCCAAUCCUUUGCUACCAAAUCAACCAAAUUCCUUCACAAAGUAUGAAGAAGAACUUGAAAUUAAUGAUUUCCCACAGCAAGCUCGUUGGAAGGUCACAUCCAAAGAAGCAUUAGCUCAAAUAUCAGAAUAUUCCGAAGCUGGACUAACGGUUCGUGGUACCUACGUACCACCAGGUAAAAAUCCACCUGAAGGUGAACGUAAAUUAUACUUGGCGAUCGAAAGCUGUAGUGAAUUGGCUGUACAAAAGGCAAAACGCGAGAUAACGCGUCUCAUCAAGGAGGAACUACUGAAAUUAAGCUCAGCGCAUCACGUUUUUAACAAAGGCAGAUAUAAGGUGCUCUAGUCGUUCGUAAUAAUAAGAACCUUUUGUAGAACCUAAACAUCAAAUAUAAUAUAUUAAUAAAUUAGUUAUCAGGAUAUACAAAUCA